AUGUCUAAUGUGACCGUGUGCGUGCGGUUCAGACCGCUGAGUCACAAGGAGAGGAAGGCCAAUGGUGACAACGUCUGCUUCAAGAAACUGGACUCGGAGUCUUUUGUUUUCAAGGAUGAGAGGGAAGAAGAUGUCAUAUUCAGUUUUGACAAGGUGUUCUAUGAAGACGCGCAACAGUCUGAUGUCUACAACUUCCUUGCAGUGCCCAUUGUUUCAGAUGCUAUCAAUGGAAUAAAUGGGACUAUAAUUACUUAUGGUCAGACUGGGGCGGGAAAGACUUAUAGUAUGGAGGGGCCAAGUAUCUUGCAUUGCAAUGAACAGAAAACUGGACUAGUACAGCGAGUUGUGGAUGAGCUUUUUGUAUGUUUAGGAUCAUCAGCAAGCACGUGGACAGUGAAGCUGUCAAUGGUGGAGAUAUAUUUGGAAAAAGUGAGGGACCUUCUUGACUUGUCCAAAGACAACUUGCAGAUCAAGGAAAGUAAAACCCAAGGAAUUUACAUUUCUGGAGCAACAGAGAUAUCUAUCCUGAACAGUUCAGAUGCAUUAGAGAACCUUUCUCAAGGAAUUGCCAACAGAGCUGUUGGGGAAACACAAAUGAACCUGGCUAGCAGUAGAAGUCACUGCUUAUACAUUUUCUCAGUACAAUAUGGAUCCACUUCAGAUGAGAGGGUAACAUCAGGGAAGAUUAUACUUGUUGACUUGGCUGGUUCUGAGAAAGUCGAGAAAACUGGUGCUGAAGGACGGGUUCUUGAUGAGGCAAAGACAAUCAACAAAUCUCUCUCAGCUCUAGGAAAUGUCAUCAAUGCCUUAACGACUGGUAAACAGAAUCAUGUUCCUUUCCGUGACUCAAAACUUACGCGCAUUCUUCAAGAUGCACUGGGUGGCAACUCAAGAGCAGCAUUGCUGUGCUGCUGUUCUCCCAGCCCAUCGAAUGCACCAGAGAGUCUGUCUACGCUUCGCUUUGGAACCAGGACAAAGCUCAUAAAGGCUUCUCCGAAAUUGAUUCCCGAGGCGGUGGAUAACACCAAGAAGCCCACCAUCGAGACUCAUGAUCAAGAUGAUCUGCGUGAAAGGAUACUGAGCAAGCUAAGGUUGAGCCUGAAGGAGGAGGAUGUGGAUUUGCUGGAGGAACUGUUCGUGCAGGAAGGCAUUAUCUUCGAUCCCAGUUCCGUCGCGGACAUCGACUUGGCGUGCCGCGACACUGCAAGCGAGGAGAUCUCGUUGCUGAUGCAAGCUGUGGAGGAGCUCAAAGAAACCGUGGAAGAGCUCACGGACGAGAACGAAAAGCUAAGGCGCAGCCUCCAAGUUGCGCAGGAGAUGACCGCUCAGGCUCAGCUUGCCGCCACCGCCGCAGCUGCCCGGAGCCGUACUCUGCUUGAUCUCGUGCCGGCAGUCCUCCGGCCCUUUGGGUUUGUACCAGACUGA